AUGAAACGUCGCGAAGUGGCGCUUUGCAAGGAUGCACCGCAAGAUGUGCGGCUGGCGAUGCGCGCAAAGUAUGAGGCAGCAGCUGCAGCAACCGAGGAAAAGCGGAGUGCAGCAGCUGCUGCGGUUGCCGCGGUGAAGGCCAGCGGUGGGAAAAGGGCGUGCAUCACCAAUUACCUGGAGGGGGAUGCGGCUGCGGCAAAGAGGGAAGCGGAUGAGUCACUUGCGCUCGCGUGGGCCGCCCUCCACAUUCCCGAGCAUCACAUCGACCAUCCGCUGGUGGCCAAUGCGCUGAACCAACUCAGAGCGGAUGUGGGGGAAGUGCUGGACGAGGACGAUGAGCAGCCGAGCAACGCCGAUAAGGCGCACAUCCGCCGCAUCCUCAAGAAAAGGUGGGAUGGCAGCCUCGCGUGCGCCAUGGACGUUGCUGGCCGCAUCCUCAACCCCGCCAAUCAGGAGGAGGACAUAUUCGGCACUGAUGCCGAAUGCACGAAGGUCUUCAAGGCGUUCAUCAGCCAGCACGCCGACUUCCUCACGAGCCGCGGGAAGGGGGGGGGUGAGGGGUGUGAUGCCUUGCUUGCCCUGUGGGACGGGUUGAGGUCUUCCCUGGACAUGAAAGGGUCUUUUGGGAUGCCGGAGGCGAUUGCACAGAGGGAGCGGGUGAAAGCGAGAACGUACAGCAUGGUUAAGUGGUGGCAAUGGAACGGCACGGAUGCCCCUGAGCUGGCUUCUCUCGCCAUAAGGGUGCUAUCUCAGCCCGUGUCUGCAUCACCUUGUGAGCGUGGUUGGGCAGUGUGGAUUCAGUCCACACGGCCCGCCGGAACCGCCUCGGAUCCGCCAAGUGCAAGGACUUGGUGUAUGUUGCGUGCGCACAACUGGAACGUUGUGCGCAACUGGCAUACGCGCGCUGAUGUCAUGCCAAAUGUUGUGCCCGGGAUUGGAGAGGAGCCUCCAAUCCCCGAGGGGUACAAGGGGCUGGAAGAUACGGCGGAGGAGGAGCAUGGCAACGAUGAUGUUCUGGAUGACGAGUACGACGAGUAG